AUGGUGUGCAUUCGGCAGGCCACCGUGGAGGACCUGCUGGCCAUGCAGAGCUGCAACCUCAUGUGCCUUCCGGAGAACUACCAGAUGAAGUACUACCUGUACCACAUCCUGUCGUGGCCACAGCUGCUCUACGUGGCGGAGGACUAUAACAAGAAGAUUGUUGGCUAUGUGCUCGCUAAGAUGGAGGAGGAGUCAACGGAGUGUCGCGGGCACAUCACAUCACUGGCCGUGUCUCGCACUCACCGCAAGCUGGGUCUCGCCACCAAGCUCAUGACGGCUGCCCAGCAUGCAAUGGAGGAGGUGUUUGGUGCCGAGUACGUGUCCCUGCAUGUGAGGAAGAGCAACCGGGCGGCUUUCCACCUCUACACCGAAACACUCGGUUACAAGAUCAAUGACAUUGAGGCGAAGUACUAUGCUGAUAGCGAGGAUGCUUAUGACAUGCGCAAGAACCUCAAGCCCGCUGCUGAGAAGCCCAAGAAGGAGCUCAAGGGAGGAAAGGCCGCUUCUGAUGAUAAGGCAUCAUCUAAUAACGAGGAUGUGGCCAAGGAAGAUGCUGAGGCAGCUAGUAACGGGGAUAGGGGCGGUGCAGAGGGGACCGGGAGGGCUGAUGAGUCGAAGGCUGGGGAGAAAAAGGAGGAAGGUUCUGAGAAGGCGGGUGAGAAGGAGGUGGCUGCGCCGGCAACACCAGUGAGGGAGAAGGAGAAAGGGGCGUCCCGAGGGGGUGGCAAGGGCGGGUCUGGGCGGCGGCGCAAGGGCGGCAAGGGCUAA